AUGGAAGAAGAAUACGAAGAGGAAGCGACGGCGGCACCGUCGAAUCCCCGAGAAUUGACAAGGGUAACUGGGUUUCACAAGAGGAAGAAGAAGCGAAGAAAAGAAGCCCAGAAGAAGCAAGAGCAGGCUGAACGACGCAAGCGUAUUGAACAGCGCAAAAAGAGAAAGUUAGAAAAAGAAUUUGCCCUAUAUGGAGGAGCACUUCCCAGCACAGGUUCAGAACCUGAUGGAGUUGAUGAGAACAAUGAGGAUGAAGAAAGAGAUCCAACUGCAUCAGUUUCUGUGGUGGAAGGGACAACAAAGUAUGAUGGUGAAAACAUGCUGUCACUGUGAUUACGAGCAAGAUCUCGCACAAGGAAGAAGAAGACUUUAACAGUAAAAGUACUCAGACACUGAGAUCAGUUGGAGAUAAAGUUGAUAGAAAACAAUCCUUGCCUGUGAGUAAAAGUAAACCCUUCAAGAAAGUUGCAAAACACAGAUUUAAGCCACCGAGUAAAAGAGA